AUGGCUCAUUCUCCCAACUCGGGAUAUGGCUCUCAUACUCCAAUGACCGCCGCUAUACAGAGCGCGGAGCCCACCCGACCCUCCGAUCCCGAAUCGAAGCCUACCAAGAUGGACAAAGAGAUGGAAGUCACCGAGAAGGACGCAUCUAGCGCCAAUCGCAUGCCCUCACUCGAUAGCGGGUCAAUGGAAUCUACAUACGACCAUACCCAUCGCAAGCUCAAGCCCCGCCAUGUACAAUUGAUCGGAAUCGGAGGAACAAUUGGCACGGCCCUGUACGUUCAGAUCGGAUCUGGACUACGGGCCAGUGGUCCCGGCAGUUUGUUCAUUGGAUUCAGUCUUUGCAUCAACAUGGACGGCUUGGCUGAAAUGGUCACGUACCUGCCUAUCUCUUCGCCAUUCAUCCGAUUCGCCGGUCGUUACGUCGAUGAAGCUUUAGGUGUUGCCGCUGGAUACAAUUUCUUUAUUUUCGAGGCGGCCCUAGUGCCUUUCGAGAUUGUCGCCGUCAGCUUGAUCAUUAAAUACUGGACCGAUGCGAUUCCUGUCGCAGCCAUGAAUGUGAUUGUCAUAGUGCUCUAUGGAAUACUGAAUCUCUUUGCUGUGAAAUGGUACGGCGAAGCAGAGUUCUGGCUCUCAUUAGGCAAGGUAUUGUUGAGCAUAGGCCUCAUCUUCUACACAUUUAUUGUCAUGUUGGGCGGGAAUCCGCUUGGGGAUCGGUUUGGCUUCCGCUACUGGAAUGAACCAGGUGCCUUUAAGGAGUACUAUAAGACAGGCGAUACCGGCAAGUUCCUCGGUGUCCUCGCAGCUGUCAUCACUGCCAGUUUCACCAUAGCUGGUCCCGACUAUGUCUCCAUGGCCGCAGGUGAGACCGUUAACCCGCGCAAGGUCCUUCCCAAGGCCUUCAACGGUGUCUUCUACCGUCUCACGGCAUUCUUCGUUCUGGGUGUUCUCUGCGUCGGCGUGCUUGUUCCGUACAACGAUCAAACCAUGGCAGAUGCCUUCGACAAUGACAAGCCCGGUGCUGCGGCCUCGCCCUACGUCAUCUCGAUGGAUCGCUUGAAGAUCCCCAUCCUACCAGACAUUGUCAAUGCCGUCAUUCUCACUGCUUCAUUCAGUGCGGGGAACAGUUACAUGUACUGUGCCAGUCGCAGUCUGUACGGUCUAGCGCUUGAGGGAAAAGCGCCAAAGUUCUUUACUAAGUGCACCAAGAACGGUGUUCCCAUCUACUGUGUUGGCGUGGUGCUCAUCGUCGGCCUUUUGAGUUUCUUGCAGGUCUCCAACAGCGCAUCAGUCGUGCUAAACUGGUUUGUCAAUUUGGUGACCGCCUCCCAGCUCAUCAACUUCUCCGUCGUCACUUUCACCUUUAUCCGCUUUAAGAAAGCUCUCGACGCCCAAGGCAUUCCCCGAGAAACCCUGCCAUACCGCAGCUGGUUCCAGCCGUACAUUGCCUACUUCGCUUGUGCCUCCACCACGGCCAUGGCUUUUGUCGGUGGUUACCCUGUCUUCCUACCCGGCAACUGGUCUAUCCCGACGUUCCUCUUUUCCUAUACCAUGAUCGGUGUAUUCCCUGUCAUUUACUUUGGGUGGAAACUCUUCCACAGAACCAAGUUUCUCAAGCCUGAGGAGGUCGAUCUGACCACUGGUGUCCCUGAGAUCGAGGAAUAUACCCGAGACUUUGUGGAAAAGCCGCCAAAGUGA